UUCGACGUCUCACAGCUUCUACACGACAAUCCCACUGUAUUACCUCACAAUGGUGGUCGGGCUUGAGAUUAAGAAAGAAGCAAACAUGUCAGAAAUCGAACAGCCUCUCGGACCUUGCAAAAAAAUUACAAAUUUUAGCAUCGAAGAAAUUCUCAAACCUGACUUUGGAAGACGGGUGUCGACAACACCUUCUCCACCCCCGCUGUCGCCAAGAUGUGUGACGACACCAGAGAUCGCCUCACCCCCGAGUGUGACCAAGCCUAAAGGAAGAACCCCCGUGUCCCCCGGUAAAUUCGAACUGCCGGCCUGGGUUUUCUGCACCCGAUAUUCAGACAGACCAUCAUCAGGACCACGAUGUCGUAAGCCUCGCAAGAAGACUGAAAAACAAGACGACAAGCGUCCAAGGACGGCGUUUUCUACAGCACAACUACAACGCCUCCGACAAGAGUUCGACGACAACCACUACCUAUCUGAACAGCGACGACAAGCAUUAGCCCGAGAACUGAAUCUCAAUGAAUCGCAAGUAAAAAUCUGGUUCCAGAAUAAACGUGCCAAGCUGAAGAAGAGCACCGGUUCCAAGAACCCCCUGGCAAUGCGGCUGAUAGCGGAGGGGUUGUACAAUCACACAACCGUUGUCGUCAAGGGCGAGGAGAUGAUGGACAUGUCCUGAGAUGGGCGAUGGUCAAACAACCUUAUCUGGACUCCCUGACCAGAUAUUGCCACCCUUGACCAACAAAGGCGACAGUUACGUUGAAAAAAAAGUGAUUUGGCGAAUAUUCUGUCAAGAAGUCUACAGCUGAAAUUUGCUCGAGAACUUUCAUAUUCUUACUUAACAAUGGCAAACCUUUGAACCUUGUUUGUAAGUGACGAGCCAGCCAGUCAUCCACUGACAAGCCGAUAAGACUGUGAUAUGUCCCAAACCAUUUCAAAGCAGGUUAAACUUUGACAGUCAUCCUAAUAAUGAUGUGUCCCGAUAGACAUAAUAAACAUCAUGAAAAUGUGCUGAACAGCGCCCAAAGAUGAUUACUCCGUCAUGCUGAUCACCGGCGAACGUGGAGACCAAAGCGAAAGGGAAAUGGACCGUCACCUUGUCUCACACCAGACUCCUCCAGGGAAUAACAGUCCGGCAAGCUGGAACCAUCGGUCUUUGGCGACAUCUUUGCCUGGUCAGAUGUUAGCUGAAGCGAGACGGAGCGAGAAACAGCGAGAAGAGAUGACGAGAACGCCAGAAUGUUAUGUCAUAAGACUACAUCAAAGAACUGUUUUAAUGACUGAAAUUAACACCGAACGUGUGUUAUAGAGACAUCUCAUUGAAGUUUAUUCCUUUCGAAAUACCUCUUUCUUUAGGCGUCAUCCAACAUCGGCUUAGGCUAACUGAUUCAUCAAAACGUUGCCAUUGAAUGUGUGACAAAACAUUGUGCUAUAGAUUGGUAUUGUCAUAUCAUGAACGAAACACGGUGCUAGAUUACGCCAUACAAUCACGUUGUAUUGGCUAGAGUAUUUAUACGAUGAUACCAGGAAGGGUCAUCCAGUAUUAUGAUCACGUUGUAUAUAGUGUACAUAUCCAGCAACAUUGUUCUGGUUCUAAGCUAGUAGUUGCCAAAGUCCCAAGCAUGUACAGAAUCUUUAUUCCUUUUGUAUGGGAGGUGCUUUACAGUAGCUUCUUCAGUUUUGCCAUAACAAUAAUACUCGGUUUAAUAUAAAUCCUCUUCCCGUAAUAUCUCAGCUACUAUAUUUACUCUACCAUCAUCCUGCCAUGUUCUUCAUGACGUCUGUCUUGUAUGUUUCCAUGUCUGUCCACUGUCACUGUUGUAAGGCUGUUUGUCUUUAUUCACGAUGUUCAGAAUCUGAUAUCGCCUCUUGUCUCCCCUGCAGCCACUAGUGUUCAUUGCACUUCAUACCAUUCGACUUGCACUAUAAUUCCUCCAUUCCAGCCUUUUCACAUUCAACUGAAUAUCGCGUACUGGGACAUGGUAAUCUCACAGGAACUCUUCCUCUGUUCCUCACCUUUCUCUCAUCAACUUUCGUCGUCCAGAGCAACCCUUUCAUUACCCUCCUCUCUCCACCCUAACAAUAGUAAUCCAACCCUUCUCGCAGAACCCUUCUAUCACGCAUUAUCUCCACCCCUCUCCUCUGUUUCCCCCAACCCUCCCACUAUGUUAACGCGCCCUGGCUUCAGCUUCACCUCAAGUCCCACCCCGUCCUUCAUCAAACCCUACAUAAGCCUAAACCCAUCUCAACAUACCCUGUUUCCAGCCACCCUCGGCUUCCCCACACCCACUCACCAACCCGCCGCAAGAAACCCAGCAUUAGCCCCACCCCAGCCCUAACUCCAUCUCGCCCUUGCCCAACUCCAGGCCUUCCGUUCAUUGACCUACCCGGCUCUGGAGAUCACAGUCUCCCUGUGCUGUCAUUAUAAAUAUAUCAUCGUUGUCGCAUUUGCACGUAUCCAACACAAAGCCUGUGAUAAAGAUUGAAUUUCAAAUAAAACCUAUGACUCAA